AUGUCAGGAUCCCCUGCAGUCGAAAUAACUGGCCUUAUAGACCUCAGUCUGUCAUGUACACGGGUCAACAAAGACGCCCGGACAGAAGAUAUAGUUCGCACGCAAGAACUUACGACAACCUACAACAACGUGGUUCAACCGCCGUCUCCUAUCAAGCUAACAGCCCCUAAGAUUUUAAUUGACGUUGAAUCUUCAAAUAUGGUUGUAGACCAACCGCUAUCAACUCUACUGCCAGGUAGAAGCUUCACAGCACACUUUAGAACGCCGGAUACACAUUCGUACCACGACAUCGUUAAGACGAAGAAGAAACAUCAGGCAGAUUUGAAGAAGCGCCAAACAGUCUCCUAUCCACCCGGUAUGGCUAUACCCCCGCUUCACUUCGACCAGGCUAGCAGGAAGUCGACGGCCAGCCGGCGAAGAGCCUGGGGUGAUUGCAGUCAUGGUACUGUCCGCGGAGAGGCGAACAAAGUGGCUCACAGAGCCUCUGCGGAGGACUUGACCCUGGCUAUCACGGGGUAUGAUCUGACAGCCUUGCAGGCCAAAACCUUGCAGGGCAUCUUAGACGAGUUUGCCCACCACGAAAUUCCCUAG